UUCUCGUCAAGCAGCGUGUGCGAAUAUACGACACAUGUCUAUACGUUGGUCAACAGUGCAUUGGACCAACUUAAUUGCAUACUAACUGUGGAACAUAGCCUAACGUUACUGAUUGUUAUAAGCGUACAGGUAUUGUAAUAGCUGGCUACGUUGCGCACGUUAAUCUCCAGAGUGGUUUGUGUGUCCAGAAUGGGGAAAAGAAGCCGGAACCGACAGAAAAAUCAACAAGAUAGAAAUGGAAAACCAGAUGGAAGGACCAGAGAUAAUGCUGGAUGGGGUGCAGGCUACUCUGAAAUCAUCAAGGAAAACAAGUUGUUUGAACACUACUAUCAAGAGCAGAAGAUUGUCCCAGAGGGAGAAUUUGAGCAGUUCAUGGAGGCCAUGAGGGAGCCCCUGCCAGCCACCAUCAGAAUAACAGGGUACAAAAGCCAUGCCAAAGAGAUUCUCCAUUGCUUAAAGGAGAAGUACUUUAAAGAGAUUCAAGACCUUGAAAUCGACGGCCAAAAGUUUGAGGCCCCACAAGCACUGAGUUGGUAUCCAGAUGAGCUGGCAUGGCACACCAACAUGAGCAGGAAAAUCCUGCGGAAGUCUCCUCUGCUUGAGAAGUUCCACCAGUUCCUGGUCAGCGAAACGGAAUCGGGCAACAUCAGCCGACAAGAAGCCGUCAGCAUGAUCCCCCCUCUCCUCCUGAACAUCGAGUCUCAUCACAAGAUUCUGGAUAUGUGUGCUGCUCCCGGCUCCAAGACCGCCCAGCUGAUCGAGAUGCUCCACGCCGACAUGGAUGUUCCCUUUCCAGAGGGCUUUGUCAUCGCUAACGACGUGGACAACAAGCGCUGCUACCUCCUGGUUCACCAGGCCAAAAGGCUGAACAGCCCCUGCAUCAUGGUGGUGAACCACGACGCCUCCAGCAUCCCCAAGCUACAGGUGGACUGCGACGGCAAGAAGGACAUCCUGUUCUACGACCGAAUACUCUGCGACGUCCCGUGCAGCGGAGACGGGACGAUGAGAAAGAACAUCGACGUGUGGAAGAAGUGGACGACGAGCAACAGCUUGCAGCUCCAUGGUCUGCAGCUGAGGAUCGCGGUGCGGGGUGUGGAGCAGCUGGCCGUGGGGGGGAGGAUGGUGUACUCCACCUGUUCGCUGAACCCCAUCGAGGACGAGGCUGUGAUCGCCUCCCUGCUGGAGAAGAGUGAAGGUGCCUUAGAACUUGCGGACGCCUCGGAUAAUCUGUCAGGGUUGAAGCGGAUGCCAGGGAUGACGGACUGGAAGCUCAUGACUAAAGGUGGGGACUGGUACGCAAACUGGUCAGAGGUUCCAAAGAAUCUGCACACGCAAAUCCGGCCCACCAUGUUCCCUCCCACCGACCCGGAGAAGCUGAAAGCCAUGAAGCUGGAGCGCUGCAUGAGGAUACUGCCUCACCACCAGAACACGGGCGGGUUCUUCGUGGCCGUGCUUGUGAAGAAGGCGCCCAUGCCCUGGAACAGACGCUUCCCUAAGAUCCGUCACCGAGGCGGCGAAGCCCCGCCCCCCUGUGACGCCCCGCCCCCCUGUGACACCCCGCCGGCCCAGGAGCCCCUCCCCGUCGCUUCGGCCAGCGACAAGCCCGACGAGGAAGGAGAGGCGGCAGCUGAGGACACGCCCCAGGGUCCUGAGCAGGCCGAACCCGCGAGGGAGACCCCUGCUGGCAGAGCCGGGGUGUGCGGGCCCCCGCCAUCAAAGAAGAUGAAGCUGUUCGGCUUCAAAGAAGAUCCCUUUGUGUUCCUGACUGAAGACGACCCCGUCUUCCCUCCUAUCCAAGCCUUUUACGACCUCUCCCCAGCCUUCCCCAAGCUGAACGUGCUCACCAGAACCCACGAGGGGAAAAAGAGGAAUCUGUACAUGGUCUCGAAGGAGCUGCGCAAUGUGUUGCUCAACAACAGCGAGCGCAUGAAGGUUAUUAACACUGGCGUGAAGGUGUGGUCUCGAAACAAUGACGGAGAGCAGUUUGGCUGUGCCUUCAGGCUGGCACAGGAGGGCAUAUACACGCUGUUCCCCUACAUCAACGCCCGCAUGAUCAGCAUCAGCCUGGAGGACGUGAAGGUGCUGCUCACCCAGGAGAACCCCUACCUCAGCAAGCUGGGGAGCGACGCGCACGCACAGGCCAAGAAGCUGGCGAUGGGCAGCAUCGUUCUAAAGUACAAGCCAGAUCCAGAGAACACCGACACUCCGCAGUGUCCAAUCGAGCUGUGCGGCUGGCGUGGGAAGACCUCCAUACGAGCCUUUGUGCCUCGCAACGAGCGCUUCCACUACCUGCGCAUGGUGGGGGUGGAGGUGUUCCGGGGGAAGCAGGGCCGGAGGGACGACCGGGGCCCCGAGGCCCAGCCGGGCGGAGACCCCGGGGCCACACCCGCGGAGGCAGGGGGGAAGGAGGAGUCUGAGGGGGACGGAGAGGCGGAGGUGGACCGAGAGGGGGAGGGCGACCUGCCGUCUGAUGGGGAGGCUGACGAGAAGAACGGCUCCGCUGCCGUGGAAACGGGCGAAGUCACGCCCUCCUGAGUCCCAUCGACGAGUGGGAGGAGGGAUCACUGCAGAGGGGGGAGGAGCUGAACCGGGGCGUGGUGUAGGCCAAUCGGAGAGGGGGUGGGCAGGGAGUGGCGGGCUGAGCUGAGGAUACAGCUCAUACGGAUAUUGCAGCUUUUCGACUGAGCGACGGGCAGCCUGCCAAUUCACCCACGCCAGCCAGUUCCAUGCCGUGUGUGCAGUCGGCUCCGAAAUAAAUGCCCUUUAUUUUAUACAUGUAUUUCUUUUGGUAGGUUCACAACCCUCCUGUGUUUGAAUUGCGAUAGGUCACCCACUUAAAUGUAUUGGCGGCCAUCUUAUUCUUAUUUUUUUCUUUUUCUUUCUUUUUUUAAUAAAAAUAUUUCUGAAAGCUGUUGCCAUAGGCUUCUAAAUAAGUCUGGAUUGUGUUCAUGGUUUUAUAAUCAUUUGUUAAAAGGGCAACUCCAGCCAAAGAUUGUAAUUUGAUUCCAUCUUACCCUAAUUGGCGUUGCCUGUAUUGUAUAUUUCAAAACCAAAUUGUUCAUUUGUGUCUGUAAAUGGGCAUUAGAAAUGCUGAUAUCUUUCAGAUAUAACUUCUCAUAAGUGCCCUGUUCACAGUGUUUAAGAUAUUUAACUCAAGCUUUGCAGUCUUCGUUUUGCGUUCAUCUGAAUUGCAGACCUCCAGGCAUUGUACCCAAGUGGCAUUGUUUUGGGAGAGGCUCGGUUAAAUUUUUUGGGCGUAGUUAAUCUUUUGUGAUUGUUGGAAAUGAGGUGACGAUGAAGCUGAAGAGUAGGCUGUUGCAUAAUGGCUGGAGUUCCCCUUCGUUAAAUUUCUUUAAGGUUUUUAUGGAUAUGUAAAUGCAGAUGCUAUUUCCUGUUGUAUGACAAUGCAAUGGUUAAUACAAAUACUAGUUUCCUAUUGUUCUGCAUUACGAUAUUUCAUUUUCAGUGUUAGUUUUUUAAUGAAACUGAAAUGUUAAUAAAUUGAAUUAAUUUUAAUGCAUAAUUUGAAAUAGGCCCUUCAACAACUGAAUAAUAAAAAGGCAUCCUACACA